AUGGCUCCCAUCAUCCGCUCCGCCAGCCCCGUCAUCCGCCGCCCGGACACCGGGUGCCGCGUGACUCUCGGCGCGGGCAUCAUGCCGCAGGCCAUCAGCCACAACGAGAAGAAGUGCAAGUGCAUCCCGGCCGAGACGCCGGAGCAGCUCUCGCGCGUGGUCGACAGCGCGCGCAACGCCAUGGAGAUGGACGGAGAAGCCGAGUACGGCGCUUGCCAUGUUGCUCCUGGGCGGCGAUGUCGUGUACAACUAGGGUGCUGCAGAGUGAAGGCUCAGGGGAGCGUAUUUGUGAGGAUGAGGAUCAAGGCGCCCGGCGGGACUGAGCGCUGA